GAGAGUGCGAGAGGAAAAAAGGAGCAAAUGUGCGCGGCGGCGGCGGAGAGGGAGGGAGGACAGCUAGUACGCAAAUAGGCAGCGAGACACAUCAUCAUCACCACCAUCAUCAUCAUCAUCCACAGCAGCAGCAGCAGCAGCAGAGGCAGCAGCAGCAGCAGCAGCUCCUCCUGAUCUCCAGCUGCCAACCCUCUCUCUCUCUCUCUCUCUCUCUCUCUCUCUCUCUCUCUCUCUCUCUCUGUGCGUGUGUGUGUCUCUGAUUGAGAUUCCACUGCCGGCUGAAGUGUCCAAGAGCCUCCGCCAACCAUCACCUCCCUCCCCGCGCACGCACGCACACUUUCUCCGGAGCUCGGUUAUUCUUAGCUCCGGCGCCGCGAGAGACUGUCCUUCCGGCGCUGCUCUUUAUUUAUCCCAGUUUUCUUGCAUAUUUAAUGGAAAAUGGCGAUCUGCGCGCAGUCGUGCGGCUUCUUCUGCCUGCUCGCGGUCCAAACUGUACUUCUCAUAUGUGUGUCCACGCCGACAGCCGGGACCCACCUCUUCCCGCAGCACUACACAAUGAUUCACUGGGCCGGACGCAUCGAGAAGGAGCUGGAAAAGGUUCUGCAGCACGUCACCGGGACUCAGCAGAUGAGAUCGAUUUACAAUGAGAAGAAGAGCCAGUUCGAAAUCAAGAGAAAUAACCCCAAGGACUUGGUGGAGCGAGUGGCCCGGGACAUCUCCAAGCUGCUCAACAGUAAGAGGAAAGCCCUGGAGAAACUGGCCAGGGAGGCGGAGCAGCUGCAGAAGGAACACGUAUGGCAAGACGGUGUGACGGAGAAUGCCAUUUCAUACUACGAUUCCAAAGCGGAUUCAGACUAUGCAGAGGACGGAGAAGAGGAGAGCCUGCUGGAUAGCACGUCUUCUUUGGAGCUGGAGUUUGUGGACGAUCCAAACUUCAAAAACAAGGUCAACUACUCCUCCAGUGCGGUCCAGAUUCCUACAGACAUAUACAAAGGCUCACCAGUCAUCCUGAAUGAGUUAAACUGGACCCAGGCUCUGGAGCGAGUCUUCAUUGAAAACCGUCGGGAGGACAGCUCUCUGCGUUGGCAGGUGUUCGGCAGUGCCACUGGAGUGACUCGAUACUACCCAGCCACUCCAUGGAGGGCGCCCAACAAGAUCGACCUGUACGAUGUCCGCAGAAGGCCAUGGUAUAUCCAAGGUGCAUCGUCUCCAAAGGACAUGGUCAUCAUUGUGGAUGUGAGCGGAAGUGUCAGCGGCCUCACUCUGAAGCUCAUGAAAACCUCCGUCAAUGAGAUGCUGGACACGCUAUCAGAUGACGACUACGUGAAUGUGGCCAGGUUCAACGAGAAGGCCGACGCUGUGGUUCCUUGCUUCAGGACGUUGGUCCAGGCCAACAUUCGCAACAAGAAGAUCUUUAAGGAGGCCGUCAUGCACAUGCAGGCCAAAGGAACCACAGAUUACAAGUCUGGCUUCACGUUCGCCUUUGAACAGCUUCUCAAUGAGAGCAGUGCCCCGAGGGCCAGCUGCAAUAAGAUGAUAAUGAUGUUUACAGAUGGCGGGGAGGAUCGUGCACAGGAAAUCUUUGAGAAGUACAACUGGCCCAACAAAACGGUUCGUGUGUUCACCUUCUCUGUUGGCCAACAUAAUUAUGAUGUCACACCUUUACAGUGGAUCGCCUGUGCCAAUAAAGGAUACUACUUUGAAAUUCCAUCGAUUGGAGCCAUCCGAAUCAACACCCAGGAGUACCUGGACGUCCUGGGCCGUCCUAUGGCGCUGGCUGGUAUCAAAGCCAAGCAGGUGCAGUGGACAAACGUCUACCAGGACGCUCUGGGUUUGGGCCUCGUCAUCACUGGAACCAUGCCAGUAUUCAACCUCACUGCUGAUGUCGUCAGCUCUCAGAACCAGCUCAUCCUGGGGGUUAUGGGAGUAGAUAUCGCCAUCAACGAAAUCAAGAAGAAGACUCCUACGUACAGACUUGGAGCCAACGGUUACACCUUUGCCAUCGACCCAAAUGGUUAUGUGCUGCUGCAUCCCAACCUGCGACCUAAGAUCAUUAACUUCAGGGAGCCCGUCACUCUGGACUUUCUGGAUGCAGAGCUGGAAGAUAGCAACAAGGAGGAGAUCCGCCGACAGAUGAUUGAUGGCAAAUCAGGGCAAAAGAAAAUCAAGACGCUCAUUAAGUCAGUUGAUGAGAGGUACAUCGACGAGGCAAUGCGGACGUACACGUGGACGCCUGUGGAGGGCACAGAUUACAGUCUAGGUUUGGUACUGCCCACAUACAGUGAGAACCACAUCAAGGCCAACCUGAGUGACCAGAUCCUCCAGGUGCAGUUGCCAUUCACCAAGGAUUUUGAAUCACUGCUGCCAAACAGUUUUGAGUCUGAAGGACAUGUAUUCAUUGCUCCCAGGGAGUACUGCAAUGAUCUGGAACUGUCCAACAACAACACUGAGUUCCUGCUCAACUUCAUUGCUCUCAUGGAGAAGGUGACUCCGGACUCUAAACAAUGUGACAAUUUGCUCCUUCAUAACCUGAUUCUGGACACUGGCAUCAUCAGGCAGCUGGUAGAGAAGGUUUGGAAGAACAAAGACUUGAACACCUAUGGAUUUCUAGCCGUGUUCGCUGCGACUGAUGGAGGAGUAACAAGAGUGUUUCCCAACAAGGCUUCAGAAUCCUGGGAGGAAGACCCCGAGCCGUUUAAUGCCAGCUAUUACCGCCGCAGUCUCGACAACAAGGGCUACAUCUUCCGAGCACCUUAUCGAACAGCCAGGGACGAGCGGCUGAACCCAGAAAAUGACACCAUAGGGGUCCUGGUCAGCACAGCUGUGGAGAUCGCGAUAGGAGGAAAAACCAUCAAACCUGCAGUGGUCGGAGUGAAACUAGACCUUGAAGCCUGGACGGACAAGUUCAAGAUUCUUGCCAGUAACCACACAGACAACCGUCAAGGCUCAAACACGUGUGGACCGAACCGGGGCUGUGAAAUGGACUGUGAAGCCAACAGUGAGGAUCUCCUGUGUUACUUAAUAGACGACGGUGCAUUCCUGAUCAUGUCCAAUCAGAAGGACGACUGGAACAAGGUGGGGAUGUUCUUCAGUGACGUGGACCCCUACUUGAUGCACGCUCUCUACAACAAUUCCUUCUACAACCGCAAGCGGUCAUUUGACUACCAGUCUGUGUGUGAACGGAUGCCCAACAGUGAAGCUGGAGCUGCACCCAGAGGAGUGUUUGUGCCGACAAUUGCAGAUUUUGUAAACGUGGCUUGGUGGACGUCAGCAGCUGCAUGGUCCAUAUUCCAGCAGUUUAUAUACGGACUGGCUUAUCACAGCUGGUUCGCCACAGAUGAGGUGGACGCAGACGGAAUCGAUUCCAAAGAGCGGAGUUGUGUAAUGAUACAGACGCAGUACUACUUAAGUAAUCUGAGCAGCUCCUACAACAUCCUGCAGGACUGUGGCAACUGCUCCAGGCUGAUUCAUGCCAAGAGGAUAAACAACACCAACUUACUGUUUGUGGUGGCAGAGAAGAUGCCAUGCAACACCUGUGAGAUAGAGAAGCUGUCCCAGGAGGAGGAGGAGUUUAAAGAGGAGAAUCCAUGUGAAGAACUGACUGUGGCGCGUUAUCGAAAAGGACCGUCCACCUGCUUCGACUACAACACGGCUGAGAACACGUCAGACUGUGGGCGAGGUCACUCUUUCCGUCCGUCUCUCUACACUUUACUGCUUAUUCAGCUGCUUCUUCUUUAUCCGGCUGUCAGCCCCCACUUUAACUCGCUAUUACAUUAAUUCCUCCACUUAUCCUCCUUUUUGCCCUCCUCCUCUCCCGUCCCCUCAAACCCCCUUACCCGUACCUCCUCACCUCCCCACCCUCCUACGCCCCCACCCCCUGUUAUAGUCAUAGGUAAUAAUGGGACUUCCCAUCACAGCAAGUCGGAAGCCCACGAGUGCCACGCUACCCAGCUUGCUUCAAUUUGUGUCGCAUAGUGACAACUGCCGGGCCGUUGUGGUCCUCAGCCAGUUAACCUUCAUUUGCAGGAAGAGCGGGUGGUGCCGCACCACCUGGGUCAUCAGAGACAAUGUCCGAAAAGAAAAGAAAACCCCCGCCCCUGCGACCACCUCCACCACGUCCACCACCCGGAGAAGGGAGGGGUUAAACGGACAAGUCGGAUCUCCGCCUCACACAGACUUGAGAGUUGAGGUCACCUGCUCACCGUCACCUCUGUCGGUCAGACAGACGGCGGGAGCUGUCCUCCUUCUUCUCUCCUCCAUCUCAGAGCCUUGUUGCUCUGUCGCUCGCCUCUCGUGUGGGGCUGCAGAACAUUCGACCACUAACAUCCACCGCAAAAGAUUUAACAAAUAUGAACUGUCAAGUAUUCAAAAUGUCAAGUAUAAACCGCUGAAGUGAUGAGUAUUCCAAUCAUACAGUAUAUUUAGGUUUUAAUUUAACAAAGGAAGUCAUUAGGUGUUAACAAAAAAAAAAGAUAUGAAUUAAUUUAUGCACUAUAUCUAUUUGCCAAAAUGAGAUAGACUUUCAUGUGGUCUUUAUUUUUGUAGCCAAAACACUAGAAGAAACGGCUUCUGAUUUAGAUGUAGGAUAAACCUCAAGAGGAGGAGUCGGUCAGAAACCGAACGCUGAUUCAUUUUGUGCAGCUCCUUAAUUACAGAUUAAUGCUUUUGAAAAACAUCCACUGGGGAUUAGUGUAAUUACAUGAUGGUAAUUGCAUUUCUUGAAGUGUUUUUUCCUGAUAUUUACGUUCUAAGGCUCAUGUUUAUCUGACUGUAAAAAUACGAAUCAGUGUUCGGUUGCUGCAGAUUUGUUCUGGAGCGCUGUCGAUGUCGUGCAGUUUUCUCCUUUAUGAUCAAAUGACCAUUCUGACCUCUGGUUUAGACUGAUAUUAUGGAGAAAAAAAAAGCUCACCUCUGCCAAUCCUCAUGAGGCUUCUCCAGUAACCCAACACUCCUCUUCACGAUUUGUGAGUGUGCUUUACAUAACAAACGCACCAACAUCUUUUCCUCACGACUCUCUCAUAAUAGCUCAAGGUGGGGUUGUUUUUCUUAUUUUUUUUGCGGGCGGGGGGGUUAUAUUACCUUUUGACUGAUGCUGUUCAAACUUCAAAAUCAUUCGCUGCUGGGGGACAGGGGGCUUAUCGACAUUUCCAACAAAAGUGCAGAAGAGGCCACUAAAUAUGGUGAUCGCGUGCAGUAAGUAGUACUCUGGUUGUAAUCCGUCGCAAGUUUCGUCAUUUGAUCAUCACGAUGUGUGCAAAGUCAUUUUAGACUCCAAUGUUUAGGAGCCGCUCUGUUUCAUAGUGCCUUGAUGCACUUUGUUUUGGAAUGCAUUGGCUGUAUAUGAGUAGAGCCACUGUAUAGUACCUUUAUUGCGCAGCCAUCUUUGAGGCUGCAGGAACCUGAAAAGACUGAAUCCGCUGAGUAUACGGCUGAACACUGACCAGCUCCAGCUUAAUGUAUCCGCUCUCUCGGCUGUGGUCGCUGUGCCCCCUCAGAGACCACCUGACUGCCACCAUAUGGAGUUACUAUACCGUUCCUUUACAAAGCCAUGUAUAGAGCUAUGAUACACUAUCAGUAUACAGCGACUUAACUGGCCAUAGAGCAUUUUUUAGGGCCACCUGACUGCUAUAGUUCUGCCUGAAUCGUAUGUGUUACUGUGUGCGCGUGUAUGUGUGUGUUAGUUUGCGUUUUCAAACCCCUCAAAAGGGAAUGUCUUUUAAAUGGAGUGUGUCUGAGGGAUGACAGUUGUGGUAGCAUAGCCAUUUUUUUUUUUCUGUUCCUAUAUCGCAAAGGACAAAAUCUAGUGUUGUUGUUGAGAAAAAAAAGGGAUUUUACAGAAAUGAAAAAGAGAAAAAAACAAAAAAAAGAAUCCAUCUUCAAACAUCCGUCUGCUUAAAUAUCGAUCCAAGGGAGCAGAGCUUUCCGAAAGAAUGUGUAGUUCAUCAGUGUUUUCUGUUUCAGAUGCAACAUAGAUAACAAAGCCUCUCUAAAUGCCUUAGUGUUAACACAGUACGGAGCUCCGAUGCGUCCCCUUCCCCUGUCACUGCACAUUCUCUCUCACGCACACACAAAAUAGAUCCUCCAAAAUAUUCGCCUCCUCCGGGCUCUCUUGGUGUUCUGCAGUAAGUAUAGUGAGCUCUAGUUUUGUAUUUUCAACGUCUUGGAAUGAUCCGCUAUUGAUUGAUGCCUGUGCGAGUAAAUGCUUGAAAGCCGGUGGGAGUUUUAAAAAAAAAAAAUUCAAAAGUGUCCGACCUUCGAUGUUCACACACACACACACACACCUAAAACCUCACUGUAUGGCUCUAGUGGGAUGAUUCACACAAUGAUUUGAACCUUAACUUGCACACUCUGUACAGUAGUUGGUACCUUUUGAUGUGGCAAACAUGCCGGCACAGUAACUGCAGAGCGGCUCUGAAUAAACCAGACUCUAGAAAAUAAAAGACUGUUAGAAGAAAAAAACGUUGAAAUUUCAGUUUCCCAAUUAGGCACCUUUCAGUGUAGGUAGGGGCCUGGUCACCUGAUGCCGGAUGCAGUUUUACUUUCCUGGCAUUCGUUUGUCUCUGUCCUGUGCCAUUAAUUCUGUCUGUAUUUACCCUAUUUCCACUCUCUGUAAAUGAACGCUAAACGUGCCUGUGGAAAUGUACCCCCUGCGACUUCCUCUCUUCCCCUGGCUCUGUACGCAAACAGUCUCACACGCACGUAUACGUAAAUAUGUGGGCCUAUACAGUAUGUGCACCUGCACUGAGACGUUAUGCACACAAAACAUAGAAGUAAAACAUGUGAUGACACUUAUUCAUGCCCAGCUGGGAGAUGUCGAGCACCAGGCAGAAGUAAGAAAGAAAAAGAAAACCAAGGGCGUAACUAUCCCAGGUGGGGUUUUUUCUUUGUGAGCGGGACGGGAUGUCAGAGCAGAGGCAAGCUCAGGGAGUGGGUCUCCACAGAGCAGCAUGGGCCUGUCAGACAGAAGGUCAUGGAGGAAUCAUGUAGUGACGUCCCCGUGUGCAUCCUGACAGAAGACGUCUCCUUCUAAAGGGACCACACGAGUGAUUUCUGUGGUUUGACAAAUUUUGCUUUUGCCACAAAAUGGAAGAAAAAAAGAAAAAUAGUAAAUUGGUCCAGCUUGGGGAUAAGAGGGGAGGGGGUUAUCGUUAAGGACGAAGCCCUGAAAUACCCAAGGGUUUCCAUGACGUCCCCCCCCCGAACCCCGGCUGCAUCCGUGUUGGUGCGUCUCUGUGGGAAAGACACGUGUGUAUGUGAUUCUGUAGUCUGUAGUCUGGUGCUAUGUGACCAUGUUUGAAAAGUGUGUGAAAAAAAUAACAUUUAGAGGAAAAAAAGAGUGAAAUCAGUCCAAUUUUAAGUGAAGUAAAAAAAUAUAGGAAUACAGCAGUGUUGAUAAGUUUGAGAUAUGAAGUCAAAAUGUUUUUGAUUUCUUUUAUUUAAGUUCUUGUGCGUAUGUGAGUGUGAAUGUUUGUGUGUGUGGAAGAUUUCGCUCCUUCUUUUCUGGGCACUGGUCCAUGUCGCUCCAUUCUUUUGUACAGAUGAAGCUUAAAAAAAAGAAGAGGGCAAAAUUUGUAAAAUAUUGUGUCUGUGACUCCUUGUAAAAUAUUUUCAAAUUGUUUAUUACAGAGAAUCAGUUAUUAAAUAAUGUUCAUAUUUUUCACUUCA